AUGUCAUUGCCAUUCAGUACCCCGCCCUCGACGGCUACGGCCUCGCUCACACCAUUCAAAGCCGACAUCCCCACGGCUAAACUGGUCGAGCUCGAGACGUUAAUACAGUUAGCGAAAUUGGCACCGCAGACAUAUGAGAAUUCCCAAACAGACCGUCGCUAUGGUGUCACUACAGAUUGGCUAGUCAAUAUGCAGGAUCGGUGGCUGAGGUCUUACGACUGGAAAGCUUCCGAGGAUAAAAUCAAUAGUUUCCCUCAGUAUACGACUGAGGUCGAGGGCCUUACGAUUCAUUUCGUAGGGUUGUUUUCGGAAAGGAAAGAUGCUGUUCCUAUCUUGUUGUUGCAUGGAUGGCCUGGGAGCUUCCUCGAGUUUCUACCUAUUCUGCAAAGGUUCCGAGAGGAGUAUACGCCGGAAACGUUGCCUUAUCACUUGAUUGUACCUUCAUUGCCGGGUUUCACGUUUUCUUCGGGACCCCCACUGGAUAGAGACUUUGGAACAGGUGACAUUGCUCGUGUGGUGGAUCAACUAAUGAAAGGUCUCGGUUUUGAGAGCGGGUAUGUUGCCCAGGGAGGUGACAUUGGAAGUCGGAUUGCCAGGCACUUGGGUGUGGACCAUGAGAGCUGUAAAGCUGUACACGUCAACGUGGUUUUCAUGAGAAAGCCGGACGGCAUGACGGACGACCACCUGAACGCCUUUGAAAUAAAAGGCAUCGACAGGAUGAUGAACUUCAUUGCUACGGGUGCAGGCUAUGCGACUGAGCAAGGCACUCGACCCAGCACCAUCGGGCACGUUUUGUCAUCGAGCCCGAUGGCUCUAUUAGCGUGGAUUGGAGAAAAAUUCCUGGAAUGGGUUGACGAUCCGCUUUACCCAGAUGAUAUUUUGGAAUCUGUCACCUUGUACUGGCUUACGGAGACGUUCCCUCGAGCGAUCUAUACUUAUCGACAGAACUACCCUUCGCCACCGGUUCCGGCUUCCAAUGAUCCCCGUUGGUAUAUCCACAAGCCAUUUGGGUUUUCGUCGUUCCCUAUGGAACUUGCUCCGCUGCCGCGCUCGUGGGUUGAAACCACUGGAAACCUGGUAUUCUGGGGGCAGCACCAGAAGGGUGGUCAUUUUGCGGCACUAGAGCAGCCUGAUGAAUUGAAAGCGGAUCUGGUCAAAUUCGUAGACCAGGUGUGGCCGGGUAUUACCGGUGCCGAAUAA